CAAAAUAGUUCUAUGAAUGCUUAGGUCUAUAUAACAGGUCUAUUGUAUAUUGCUAGUGAAAACAGUUAAGAAAAAAGGUAAAUAUGUCAAUAGAAUUUAAAAAACGUAAAGUUAUUCAAAACCGACGUAGACGAACUGCAUCUGAUAGUGAAAAUAGUGAUGAUGAAAGUGCUGUUGUUCAAAAUGAAAAACGUCAUAGAAAAUCAAAUCCAUUUAUCCAAAGUACCUCAAACAAAAAGCUUAAAGCAGCUGAAUUAAUACAUGAUUCUUCAGAGAGUGAUAAUGAAGCUGUUGGUGUUUCAUAUCGUUCCAAAAUGGACACUGACAUGAGUGGGCCUAAAGAUAUGGGUGCUACAGCAACAAUUGAAAUUGAUACUGAACUUGACAAAGAUGCUCAAGCUAUUUAUGAACGUUCUUUACAAGUAAAUAAAGAACUUAAAGGUAAAGAAGAUGACAAGGUUUAUAGAGGUUUAGCGAAUUAUACUCAAUAUUAUGAGAAAAAAGAUACAGCUUUAGGUAAUGCAUCUAGUGGAAUGGUACGCAAAGGACCUAUUAGAGCACCAGCAAAUUUACGUUCCACUGUUCGUUGGGAUUAUCAACCUGACAUUUGUAAAGAUUACAAAGAAACUGGUUUUUGUGGUUUUGGUGACAGUUGUAAAUUUUUACAUGAUCGUUCAGACUAUAAAUUUGGGUGGCAAUUAGAAAUGGAAUCUUCUCAGCAAUGUGAUUCAGAUGAUGAUGAUCCCUCAAAGUAUGAAAUCAAAGAAAAUGAUGAUGAUUUCCUGCCCUUUAAAUGUUUGAUUUGUCGAGGAUCUUAUGUCAAUCCUGUAAUGACAAAAUGUAAACAUUAUUUCUGUGAAAAAUGUGCUUUAGCUCAUUUCAAAAAGAGCACUAAAUGUUUUGUUUGUGAGAAACAAACUGGAGGAUUUUUUGAUCCAGCUACAGCUAUUAUUGAAAGACUUAAUGCUGCUAAUACAGACAUAAUACAUCAAUGUAAUUCAGAUGAAGAAUCGGAUUAAUCAUGUAAUCGGAUUAUAUUAUAAUAUUUGUAAAUUAUCUGGAGUUCAAUAUGAAAACUGUGGUUGAUCCAUGUCAAUCCUUACAAAUUGAGACAAUUGCUGUAUUUAAACAUAUAUAUAUUAAUUUGAUAAAUCGAUGUACAAAAUAAUUAUAAUUAAAUUUUAGAACUUUAUAAAAAAUGUCUAUGUAAUUAUUUUAAUAAUUAAAUAAACUAUUAUUUAUUUUUAUUUUUUUUAAAUCAAUAAUCAACAUUAAUUAUUCUUAAAAUAAUUUGUUUUUUUUCCAUUUAAUUCCGUAAUAAAUGUUAUUGACAGAAUAUUUAAAAGAUUAGUCUUUCAUUAUUGUAAUUGUAUUAUGUAUCUACAGCGUCGAUGUAAGAAAAAUCCUCUCUUGCAAUUAUAUAUACAAAAUAUUUAAGUUAUUGCGCUCAAAAUGUUUCCCUUAGAAAGUAAUUUGGUAUAUUUAAGUGAAUAUUUUAAUUAUUAUUUUUAAUAUAAUUUAAGAUCAACAUUUCUAAAAUCAAUACAUAUAUACAUACAUUUGUUAGAUUAUAACUGAUAAUUAUCCAACCUAUCUGCCUAUCCCUAGCUACUGGGAAUUUAUCUUUAUCACGGUAAGCUAGGACAUAUCUGAAUAGACCAUAAUAUUAUGUUAUAAAUUUAUUUUUAUAUUUUUUUUUUUAUUAUUUCAAAAUACUAAUAAAUUAUAAAUAUCAAAAUUAAAUAUUUCAAAUAAUUUUACAUUUAUCUGUGAUUGGUAAAAAAAAAGUGUACAAGUUAUCUAUAACUUGUAAUUUAUUAGUUGUAAAAGUAAAGUAAAUGAAAUAUAAUUGUAUAUUUAUAUAUAUGCAUGUUCAUUAGUUAUUACUUAUUAAUAAUAACUAAACUAUAUAUUGUAAAAUCUUGAUUAGUUAUUCAUGUGCAUUGUACAAUGAAACCAAAAAAUGAAAACUAAAUUAGACAAGUAAAAAUAACUUAUACAUAGACACUGUAGGGGGUGCACUUGCACUCCCCUGGUAUUUCAAAAAAAAAAAAUUUUUAAAAAAUUUAGUGGUAUUGAAAAUAUUUUAUUUUACAUUAAAAUAAAAUAAAAACCUAUUUUUUUAAUUGUAGACGCCUGGGUUUUUUUCAAAAUUACUCAAUUGCAUUUUCAAUAAAUUUGGUAUCUUCUCGUCAAAAAAUAUUCCGAUGUAUUUAACUUAAAUAAUUUAAUUAUUUAGAAAUCAGUGUAUACUAUGCACGAUACAUCCCCUAACAAAAUCCCUAUCGGCGCCUAUGCUUUUAUAUAUUUUCAUUGAUUAUAAAUACAAUAUUGUAUUUAUAAUCAAUGAUAUUUUACAAUUAAUAAUGAACCUAAAAUGUUGGGUGAUAUAUAACAGAAGUUGACAAAUAAUCAAGGUUUUACUGAUUUUUAAUAACAUACAAAAUACUUAGUAUCUACCUAAUUUAAAAAAAAAUCAAAAUAUUUUAUAUUAAUACUAAACCAAUAUCAUCAUUUUAGUUUUUACUUUAAACAGUUUAAAAAUUGAUAGUUGCAUAUUAUACACUAUACAGUACGGUCAGUACGACUUAGGGACAACUAAAAAAAUUAACAUUUUUUAAAUAACGUCCUGUAAUUUUAUUUCUGAAUUAUUAGAACAAAAUUUGUAUUAAAUAAUUAAAAAAAUUAAUCUUGGCAGCCAGUGAUAUAUUUAAUACGUUGGUCGUUGGUCGUUGUUACUUGUUAGCAUAACAAUUUUGACAUUUAGUGAGCAUCGAUCGAGCUGCAUCACAGACCACUUAUUUUACACUUUUACAGAUAUACAUAUAGAUAUAGACUGUAUGAUUUUACAAGUAUAAUAUUUCUAUUCCAUGAUAUUGAUAAAAACCAUUUGUUAUCUUAAAUGAUUUUUUUUAAUUGUUCCACAGUCCAUACUCCGUAGCUCAUUGGCCUCCUGCCCUCAUUGUCCAUUGUCUGUCUUGGCGGCAGGCGCUGAUAAAAAAUUGUUUUUACUACGACGUCGUUUUGUAUUCUGUUGUUGUUCGACGAUCAACGAAAAGUCAAAAACUGAACAAGAACCUCACAACGCCAAGCGAUUACCGGACAAUUUUACUUCUGGACCUAUUGUGAAUACGUACGAUUCCAUCUCGAGGUGGUGAACAAUCCGUUCCAAGUAAUGAAAGAUCGGCAAACCGCACCAGGAGAUGGUAUUAGAUCUCUAAAAACUUCCAGAGUGUUUCGGAUCAUCAACUUUGAACUCUAUUCAAAACCG